UCGCUUAUUCUUUCAGUUUCAGUUGAAUUUUUGUCGUGGUUAGUACGUUGUCGCGCCGCGCGCGUCAAAUAUGUAAUUAAACUGAUUUAAAUUACAAGAGUAUAAUUGAUAAUAUUCAAGACGCCGGACACACGCAAAAAAUUAUACAAAUACAAAAAGUAAUCUUACUAUUUCAAAAAAGAUAAAUAACGAAAAUUACACCCCCUGCAGUCCCCCCAACACGCCGUGGUUUCCAUACAAACGGCUUUGGUUCUUCUAUUUAUGCAAAUUGUGUAAAUGCAUAUGUGAGUGUGCGGUGUCGAAGCGGAGCGUACGCGCGCGUGUUUGUGUGUGCGAGAGUUUGUAUGUGUGUGUGUGUGGGCGAUUGUGUUUAUGUGGAAAACGCAUUAAUUACACAAAUACAAAUGCAUAUACAACAACAAAUUUAAAUUCAAAUACAAUCAAAUACAAACAAAAACAAUAAGUAAAAGCAGAAAAAGCAAAUCGAAAAGCUACAAAGUAUUUCAAAUGCAAUCUAUUACAAAUUAAUUAUGAUGCAAAAUUGAGAAUCAAAUUUUUUAUUGUUUUUUGCGCAAAAUUUGAAAUAAAAAAUAGAAUAAAAUUCAAUUGUGAUGGUUUUUUUGGUUGAAUGAAAUUCACAAAUAUUUGCUGUAAUUUCAAAAAUCAAAGUGAAUUAAUGAAUUAAAUAAUGAAAAUACAUGACUGCCGGAUCGUGUGAUCGUUUCGUAAACAGUCGUAAGUCGAACUCUCGGAGAAUUUCUGGAAAAAUAUGCUGGAAUAUAAAAUAGAGUUGAAAACGGAUUGGAAUUAAAGCAACGAUCGGCAGAUGGAAGCGUACGCUUCAAUGGUCUCUCAACGCAAUUGGUAAGGAAACAAAACAACAACUGCAAAGAAAAUAGAAAUAAUAGAUGUGAUAAUAAAAAUUAAAAGAAAUAAUGAAAAAGGUGAAUUGGCUACUACUACUAAUUAGAAAGUGUUCAAAAGUGUUUCAUAAAAGAAAAGAAAAAAACAAAUGUUAUAAAAUGAUUAAACAAAAUUAUUUUAAAAAAUAAAUCUCCUAAUGAAUGUUAAAGGCGGCUACCAAAGUUUAUGGCAAUUUUCCCCUAUAAACAAAGAGCAAACAAAAUUUAAAGUACAUAAUGUAAAACAUAUGUACAGUGUGUGUGUGUGUGUGUGUGUGUGUGUGUGUGUAUACGCCCAGGACUCGAUUCGUCGUUGAUUUCAGAGCCGAUCUACAAAGCUGCGCAGCACAAAGAAAAUGGCACAACGAUUAAGACAGAGGCAGCUCCAGUUUUGGAGCUGGGGGCUUUGCUGCUGCCGUUGUCGCUGCUGCUGUCGUUGCUGCUUCUGCUGGCCGCAGCAAUUAACUCGAAAGCAAAGAAUUUCAUCAGAAAUUCAAAGCACAUAAGGCGAACGGAUGACGUGCAACGGGGCUGAAAAUAACGAGGCAGCAGCGACGCAACGCAAGCAGCGGCUACAGCAGCGACGACGACGUCGACGUUGAAAUUUUUUGUAGCAAAAAUCCAGGCUGACAGCUCCCCCUCAACGAGUUGCCAGCCAAAACAACAAAGAAAAGUAACAUGGCGCUGCCUGUACUUGUGUGAGUGUGUAUGUGUGUAUAAGUUUGAGCUCCAACAGCAGUCGCACAACAAAACGAACAACGCAAAUAAAGCAGAGAGAGCAAGAACGCUAAUAUGCGCUGACGCGUGUAUGCAAGCGAGAUGGCGCUAGAGCUUGGAGAGAAAUUGUCGUGCCGCGUUUGUAGCGUCGCUUGUCGUCGUCGUUUGUCGCUCGUUGAAAAAUCGAUUCAGCUGCACGAAACGAGAACGCGCGCGUGCGAGCGAGAGGCCAAACAAUAGAGCCGUGAGUGCGAGCAAGCUGCUAGAUGCGCCCCUACUAAAAUAAAAAGCAAAUAAUUAUAUCGAUCUAUCGAUUGAUUGAUUGAUCGAUCGUCUCGUCGUGUGUGUUUCACUGUGUGGAAAAAGCAAGAAAAAUGCAAUGAAAAAUUAAGAGAUCUAGUGCAAAUGUAAAGUAUCUCGAAAAUGUGCGAGUGAACGAGAGAAAAGAAUAAAAAGAGAGAGAAAGAGAGAGAGAGAGAGAGCUAUAAAUCUCAAAACGUGGGAUAUUCAUUCAAUGGGAGGAGCGCGCCCAUUUAAAAUUAUGCGCCUCCACAACGGCAUACGGGAAAUGCUCAAUAGAUCGUGAGUUAUCGAAACAUGGUACGCGACAGUAGCCGUAACAUUUGUUUUGGAAAAUUAGCCGAAACUACGCAGCAACAACAACAACAAAUAGCCGUGGAUAGUAGCAGCAGUAACAACAACAACAACAACAAUAAUAAUAAUAAUAAUAAUAAUAAAAACAUUACCAACAUUAAUAACAAUAGCCAGAAACUACGCGAUACAUUGAAAAGGUCUACAGAAGAACCACCGACAAACAGCUUCGAAAGGAACUAUUACGAUCGCAGCCGCAUAGUCUACCAAGCCACCAGUAACGCAGCAACAGCAGCAGCAGCAACUGUUAACAGCAAUAUUAAUAACAGCAGCAGUAACACUAUCAGUAACAACAACAACAGUAGCAGCAGCGAGAGAUCGCGCAAUAGAGAUCGCCUGUAUAGGAAUGGUGCAGCAGCAGCAGCAGCAGUUGGUGCGUCAGCUACAACAAGCAGCAACACGACGACAACGACAGCAGCAACAACAGCGGCAGCAGCAGCGACAGUCGGUGGUGCGGCAGCUGGUGGAGCACAAGGAGGAACAGGAGGAGUCGGAGCCGCAUCAGUCCCAGUGCCGCAAGCGUUGGGUGAUCGCAGCAACAACAACAACAUUAACCAAAACACACGCGUACCGCAGUCAUGGUACGACGUUGCUGCUGCGACAGCGCAUCUGAAAAGUCCUGGUGGCAGUGGCAAUGCCGGCGUCUCACCAGCUGGCGGCAUAAUGAGCUCACCGAUCAAUCAUCAUACGCAUCCUCCACAUCAUCAUCAUCAUCAGCAGCAUCAUCAUCAUCACUACAACACAUCCGCCUCGUAUACAUCACCCGCCCACACGCAUACGCACACGAUAGCGGCGGUUGCAGCAGCGGCGGCAGCAGCAGCAGCGGCUGCAGCGGCGGCAACCACAACAACCACAACCGCCAUGCAUCGCAGUGUUGCGUAUGCUGGCAGUGCUGCGGAUGAAACGACGGCGGCAACACGCAAAAACCACCUGCACCACAACAACAACAACACCAGUAGCAGUAACAGCAGCAGUAGAAACGCCGCUGGCGUCAGUAAACUGAAUAAGCUGCUUAAAUCAGCAACGGGAGGACGUUGCGGCUCCGAGUCACCUGGCAGUGGUAGUGGUGGCGGUGGUGGUGGUGUUGGUGGUGCGGCGGCAGCAGUAGCAGCAGCGACGACAAGUACAAUCACAAACAAUAGUUUUAGUAGUAAUAGUUUAAAUAAUACAAUAAACACGGCCACUCCAACGAUGCCAAUUGCAACAGCAGCUGCUGCAGCCUCGGCAGCAACAGCUUCAAGUGGCAGCGGCAGCGGUGACAUUUUAAAUGUUGCUGCCGCCUUGGCAGCUGCUGUCGACAAUGGCAACGCGACGCAAGUGGGCGGUGGGCGUGCACCGCGUCAUCAUUUGCAUGGACGGAGCACCACAUCGUCGAGUCGCUCGCAUUCACGAUCACCGAGCAGUUAUAGCAGUUCACACAGCUCCUCGUCGGCCUCGUCGCACUCAUCGUCACAUUCGCACGCGUCCAGCCCGAUAUCGGGCAAUUGUGCUGAUGCUGUCGUUGGUUGUGGAGCUAUCGGUGGUGCCUCCACAUCGUCGCGUAGCUCACGCAGCCUGCAGUCCUGCGUAGCAGUUACCAGCAACUCUUCAAAUCCCAGUGGCAAUGUCGGUGGCUGUGGUUCGAGCAGCAGCAGCAGCAGUAGCUCGAGCAGCAGCAGCAGCUCCUGUUUGGCGGCCAAUCCGGUGGUGCAUUCCGAAGAUAAUCGACCGCUGGCGAUACGAGUACGCAACCUGCCCGCACGUUCCUCGGACACAUCCCUCAAGGAUGGUCUCUUUCACGAGUACAAAAAGCACGGCAAGGUCACGUGGGUGAAGGUCGUGGGACAGAAUUCGGAGCGUUAUGCGCUCGUUUGCUUUAAGAAACCGGACGAUGUGGAAAAGGCGCUUGAAGUAUCCCACGAUAAACAUUUCUUUGGCUGUAAAAUCGAGGUGGAACCCUAUCAGGGCUACGAUGUCGAGGACAAUGAAUUCCGACCAUAUGAAGCUGAACUGGAUGAGUAUCAUCCAAAAUCGACGCGCACGCUGUUCAUUGGCAACCUGGAGAAGGACAUUACGGCCAGCGAGUUGCGUGUGCAUUUCGAGAGCUUUGGGGAAAUCAUUGAGAUCGAUAUCAAGAAGCAAGGGCUCAACGCCUACGCCUUCUGUCAGUAUUCCGAUAUUGUUUCCGUGGUGAAGGCCAUGCGUAAAAUGGAUGGCGAGCAUCUGGGCAGCAAUCGGAUUAAGCUCGGCUUUGGUAAAUCCAUGCCAACAAACUGUGUCUGGAUUGACGGUGUUGGCGAGAAGGUCUCGGAAUCGUUUCUGCAGUCGCAGUUCACGCGAUUCGGCACCGUGACCAAGGUGAGCAUCGAUCGUGCCCGGCAAUUGGCAUUGGUGCUCUAUGAUCAGGUGCAGAAUGCUCAGGCAGCCGUUAAGGAUAUGCGUGGCACAAUUAUGCGUGGACGCAAGCUGCAGGUUGAUUUUGCAUCGCGGGAAUGCCAGGAUGCCUUCUAUGACAAACAGGAGAAGCAACAACAACAGCAGCAGCAACAACAACAACAACAGCAAACGCAGCAACCAAAUGCGGGCUCUACUUCAGCCUCCUCAUCGUCGUCACGCUUUAAUCGCUAUGAGUCAUCACAGUCACGUUCGCGUGCCUCCUCCUUUAGUCGGCAUCAGAACUCCAACGAUGGCUGCUCGCCGGGCAACAGCACGCCUGGCAAUAAUGUUCCUGUUGUUGCUGGUGGUAACAGCAGCGGCAGCACCACCAUUAGCAACAGCAGCAUCUCAUCCAGCAGUGCCAUGCCUGCGCCGAGCAUUGCUUCGGCAAUUGUGAGCAACAACAACAGCAGUGGCAACAGUGGAACAACAUCCACAACGUUGCCGUCCGUGGUGGGUCAGAGUUCGUUGCCCAUGUCGCCGGCUGCAAUGGUGCAGGCAAGGAUGCGUAUGGCGAGAAAUGCGCGACAUACCAUUGACUUUGAUUUCAAUGAUGUGGGUCGACGGUUUCGCAAUUUUGAUGAGUACACAGCCAACAACAACAACAGCAGCAGCAACAGCAACAACAGUGGCAGCAGCAACAAUAACAGCGGUCAGGGCCAGGAUGAGGAUACAGGAGUUGCUCUACGUUGCGAUUCCCCAGUAAUUGCAAGACUUGGUCCAGCUGUCAAUUGCAACAGCAGCAGCGGGACUGGAAGCGUUGGUGGUAACUCUGGCGAACCAUUGGAGGUGACGUUGAACAACAGCAGCAGUAGCAGCACCAACAACAACAGUCGCAGACGUUGUGGUAAGACUUCAGUAGAUUUGCGCCAUCAUGUGCACAAUCCACGUUUCCAAUUGCCAGAACAACUCGAGGAAUGCCCGUCCAGUGGUGAAGAGGGCGUGGUCAGUCCGCGCAAGCGCAUCAAAAUGGAUUACCAUCAUCAUCAUUCCAAUGCCAAUGCGUCGCUGCAGCUGGAUGCAAACAGCGAGACGAGUUCAGCUGGCCACAGCAACAGCAACAAGCCGAAUAAUCCACUGUCCAACAACUGUGAUGUCAUACAUGAUCCGCUUAAUCGCAAAAGCGAAAUCCGUCGCGUCUCGGAGGCGGGUAAAUUUGCUGCAAUUGCACCGCCGCCAACACAGCACCACAACAUGAUGCUAAGCUGUCGCCGGCCAUCGAUUGAUGUGGGCGCACUCUCGGCGCUGUCCAAUUCAUCAGCAUUUCGUCAUGGUCUGGUUGGAGCGAGCAGCAUGGAGCAACAGCAUCUGUUGAAUGCCUCGCUGGCGGCCAAGCGACGACGAGUGACAGCAGCUGGCACGUUGCAGCUGCAACAACCACAACCGCUGCAACAGCCGCAAUCCUCCUCCGCCUCCAUCUCAAACAGUGGCGUGUUGACGCCGACACCGAUGUCGAUGCCAAAUGAUGACUAUCAUCAUCAUGCUUCACGGGGACGAGGACAUCAGUUACAUUCCCAUCAUUCGCAUGAGGCGAGCGGAGGCGAGAGCGCCGACGGAUCGCGUCCUGGCACGCCGCUGUGCGAUGAGCGACCGGAGGUGUUGCCCACAGAGCCACGUCGCCUACCACCGCCAAGAGAACGGGCGAGGGAACGCGUGCGCGACAUUAUGUGGCUGCCAUUGCCCAAAUUUGGUGUGUUGUUUUUUCAACAACAGCGAAAUGCAGCAGCUGGUGGCAGCAGCACAUCCAGCAGCAAUGUUUGCAACUAUUUGCAACAGUUGACAACAACAGCAGGAUUGCUGUCGAACAACAACAACUCUAGUCUAAGUGCAGGCGUCAGUGGAAUGAGUUCCAACUCUGGCUCAUCAUCGUCAGCGACUGCUUCAAGUUCGGCGUUUCUGCCGAGUCCAUCCUCGCGCUAUUGGCGUUCCUCAAAUCAUCAUCAUCAUCACCACCAGCAGCAGCAGCAGCAACAACAACAACAACAACAGCAGCAGCAGCAUCACCAUCUGCAGCAGCAGCAGCAACAACAACUUCAGCAAUCCUUGUCCUGCUCAUCAGUUGGUCUCAUGGCAAGUCCGGCACGUCCACGCUCCUUGAGCUCCAAUUCCAGUGAUUCGGAUGUGCCUGGUGGUCAAACUGGAGGCAGUCCCACGUUGGAUGAACGCUUGCGCAACUUUGAAGAGAACUAUGAACGUUGGUCCGGCGGCAGCAGCAGCACACAUCCUGGACAUGGUCACAGUCAUAGUCAACCAAGCACGCCCAUGUGGCAGCUUUCGAUGCACACGACAAAUCUGAGUGGUUUGAGCUCAUCACAUCAGACGGGCUCAGGGAAUAGCAACAGCUCGAGUGGCACCGUUUCCAGUUCGACAAGUAAUUCCCGACACAAGUUCCUGGACAUUGAUGAGCUGCAGCCGUCGGAUAUUGUCAAAUCGCUGCUGGCCAAAAAAUCCGUAUUCGAUGAUGACUUUCAGCGGCUCAAGAAGAAUCAAUGGUAUGAGCCAGCAAUGUCGGAUUUUGGCAGCGGUUCAACAAUCACUGCAAAUGCGCGACAUGGCGGUCUCUGCAGUGGCAACACUUCGCCAGCGUUGCCCAACCUGGCGGCCACGAAAACAACACCGAUUAUUGGCAACUGCAGCAGCAGCAAUGCAAGUGGCAGCAACAACAGUUGCAAGACAACGGGCUUGUUGCAACGUCUGAGCAGCUUGUCACCCAUGAAUUCACCGCAGGCCUCAAUGUCACCCUACAACAGUCCAUCACCGUCGCCCUCCAUUGUCAAUGCUGUGGCCAGCAAUCUUAGCCAGCUGACAAAGUCCAAUGUUGUUGUCGUUGCCAGCAAUGCCACGACAACAACAGCGGCAGCUACAGCUUCAAUAGCAGCAACAGUAGGUGCUACCACGCCUAGUGGCAGCUCUGGACCAACGAAAGGGCUGCAAUAUCCAUUUCCCAGUCACCCGCCAUUGCCAAAUACUGCAGCGCCACCGCCAGCGGUGCAGCCUGCACCACCACCACCACCGGAGGUGUCUAAAACGAAGCCAGCAACUACAGUAAGCAACCAACAGCAGCAACAACAGCUCAGCAAGAGUCUCAGUGUGCCCGCUGCAACCCCUGAACCACGCACCGUGUUGCAAAAGUCCGCAUCAGUGCCGGGCAGCACAAAUGUGGGUACCAUUGGCAGCAGCAUCACUGGCACCACCAGCAGCUCAUCCUCCAACGGUAACAGUUCCUCAGCAACAACCACACACGUACAAAAGCAACCGCCAAACAACUCAAUGGAAGUAGUGGAAGUCAAAGGCAACAAAGGCUCCUCCUCAGUUGCCGCCAGCUCAACCACUUCCUCCUCAUCUGGCUCCACCUCAAAGAAGAGUGACAAAUCGCAUGGCAGCAAACAUAAUAAUCGGUCCACUGAUGCGGAAAAGAAAUUGAAAAAAUGCUCAUCCUCCUCAUCAAGUUCCAAUUCCGAUAAACGGAAAAACUCUGUAACAUCGCAAUCCUCCAAAUCAGCAACGCCAAAGGUGGAAGAGGAAUCUACCGAGUCGGACGAGCCUGUCGAGAAGCUGGACAAGGAACAGCAGCGUCAGGAGCGAGAGAAAGAAAAGGAGAAGAAAGAGCGACAGGAGCAGGAGAGACGAGAAAAGGAAAUGCGCAAGCAACAAGAGCGUGAGGAGAAAGAACGCAAAGCGCAGGAGGAAAGAGAGCGCGAAGAGCGUAAGGCCAAAGAAGAGAAGGAACAAGAACGAGAACGAGAGCGUAAGGCGCAAGAGGAGCGAGAGCGCGAGCGAGAGCUAAAGGAGCGAGAAGAACGCGAGCGAGAGCUGCUUGAAAAUGAACAGCGAGAGAAGGAACUGCGCGACAAGGAGCAACGAGAACAGGAAGCGAGACUUGCGCGCAUGCGUGACAUGUCCGCUUAUCACAAGAACAAAUCCGAGGCGAGUUCCGAGGCGAGCAGCUUCUACGCCCACAAUGCCACGCCAUGCGAUUCCGAGCGACAGAACAACAAGGAGAAUGCAGCAACCAGCGAUAUGACGACGACAACAGCAACAACUGCAACAGUUGCUGCAACCGGGGCAACUGCAAAUGCUGUCGAGGAUCGCAGCAGCAAGGAUCGCUCUCGGAAAUCCUCACGCAAUUCUCCCGUUCCCAUGGCACGCCUGCACAAGCGGCGUCUCAGCUCGCAGGACAGCAACCACAGCAGUGGUGGCGGUGGUGCAACCAAUCAUGAGGAUUACGUGAAGCGCAUACGCAUGGAGAAUACAAAUCCAAGUCAGAAUCAAUCCCAAAGCAAUCAUCAGCGUCUCAGCGAUCGUCGUGACUCGAAGGAGCACAAGAGCAGCAGCAGCAGUGGCGGUUGCAAGGAAGAGAAGACCAGCUCCAAGUCACAUGGCAGCAGCAGCAGCUCUAAGCAUCAUCGUAGAGAGAAGCACCACAGUAGCAAAGUCGCAUCCAGCGAGCUGACUGAAAUGGACACGACAACAACAACAGUUGCUGUGAAGCACACGACGCUCAACACCAGCGAAGAGGAGCAACAACAGCAGCAGCAAUCGCAAUCACAGCAGCAACAUUCACAGCAUAAGCCACGUGAGCAUCAUCAUCAUGGCAGCAGUUCAUCCUCUUCGCGUCACAAGAGCAAACGCGAACAUCAUCAUCAUCGCGAGAAGAAGCGACACUCGAUCGCCGAAUCCACAAAUACGGAUGAGGAACCCACUCACAAUCCCCACAGACGCAUCUCAGCCGCUGGCAGUUCGGCUGGAGAACUCAGCUCCACCAAUACCACCUCCAACAGCAAGUUGCAUCAUCAUCAACCGCAGCAACAACAGCAGCAGCAACAACAGCAUCAUCAUCAUCAUCACCACCAUCAUCGAAGAAGUGUGGAAAGGAAAUCUUCGCGUGGCUCAGAUGAAGGUGGGGUCUUCUCCAAGGCAUCAUCGCAUACACGCAAAAUGAUGCUCAGUUCCGCCGACUCGGAUGAUACGGAUGAUGCAUCCAAAAAGCAUUCCAUCUUUGAUAUACCCGACGAUUGUCCCAAUGUCUCCAUGUACGACAAGGUGAAGGCACGUAGUUGCAAGAAUAUGCAACGUCAGGCCGAGGAGAAGAAAAUCAAGGCCAAGUUCUCGCAGUUGAAGCAAUCAAGAGCGAAGAAGAAGCGUUCGAUGAGCUACGAUGGCGACAGUGACACUGAAUUCGAGGAUCGUCCACAUCAUCGGAAUAGCGGCAGCAGCAGUUUCCAUGGACGUCAUCAUGGCCUGAGCAGCAGCGAUGAGGAUCAAGAUGAUGAGGGUUAUAUCAAAGUUCCACGUAGUCGCAUCUUCUCCGAUUCUGAUGCGGAUGCGGAUGCUGAUGUAGAUGCGGAGGAAGCUGCUCUCAAUGCUAGUCGCAUGCGUCAACAAAUGCAACAGAAUCUACGACGUUUGUGUGAUGGCGAUGAUAGCUCCGAGGAUGAGAUACGUCGCAACGUAAUUGGCCAUUCGGGAAAAAGGAAUUGUCACUCCACGCGCAUUGCCUCCGACUCAGAAUCGCAAUCGCAGCCAGCUCCCGAGGUGAUACCCAUUAAACAGGAGCCGGAAAUUAAGCAAGAGCAGUUGUCGGACAAUGAGCUGCAAAAGUAUUCCAAAUCUCGACAUAAUUCCCAUUCCUCCAACGAGGAGCGUAAACUCAAAACGGAAUUCAAAAAGGAGUACAACGAGUUCUUUAACACAAGCUACACGGGCUACAUGGGCAACGUGGCUGCCAAGCUUAAGGAGUACUCUCCGGAGACCCGCAAGAAACACAAGAAGAGCAAGAAACGUCUCAAGUCCUCAGCGGAUGCGGUGACAACAGCAGCAGCAACAGUUACUGCUUCCUCUGCCGGCAGCAGCAGCAUCUUUGAUGUUGCUGCCGACUGCAAACCCAAUAAAUUCGACAGUUUCGAUGAACUCAAGACGGAUCAGAAUGUGGUGAUGGCUACCUCCACCUCCUUGGAGGUGACAACACCAAACGCCAGCGAACGUCGCAAGCACAAGGAACGGAAGGAGAAGAAACGUGAGAAGUUGCGAAAUUUGAGCGAAACGAAUGCUUCGGGAUCUGUGGAGCAACACAGCGAGAAGCUCUCCAAGGAGGAACGUCACCGACUGAAAAAGUCAAAGAAAUCCAAGAGUCUGGACACAUCAACACGUCAGUACAAUGCAAAUACAGCGAAUGCUUCACCACCAACUCCAACAUUGACCACGACUGCAAAGGAACAAACGAAACGCAGCAGUGAGGAAAAAAUGGAGGACAUCUUUGGCAUUAUCUCCGACGAGGAGGAGGAAGAGGAAGAGUCCCAACUUACCGAUGAGCAGCCAGAUACUGCCAAGAUGCAAUUGUCCACAACUGGACCCAUGGUUUCGGCAGCUCUCCAAACCUAUAAACAGGAGCCUUCCCACAUCAAUGUCAACAGCAACAAGGAGCCAGCGAAUCAGCAGCAACAACAACAACAACAGCAGCAGCAGGAGGAACAACUGGAGCUAGAGAGGAGCGAACGGGAGCGACAUCGCAAGGAGAAACGCGAAAAGAAGCGACGUGAGAAAUCAGCACGCGAGCAACAUCAGCAGCAGCAACAACAGCAGCAGCAACAACAGCAGCAGCAACAACAACAACAACAGGCUGCUAGCAAACUGGAUGACGAGAACAGCGUGGAUAUGGAUGAGGCUGGACGUGCACUGGAGGCACAACUAAUGGAUGACUUUGACAGCAACAAGCUGCCCGAGGAUGCCACGCCCUCAACAGCCACCACCUAUCGCAGCGAUAUGACGGACGUGUUUCGUUUUUCUGACAACGAGGACAACAAUUGUGUUGAACAGCAGCAACAACAACAGCAGCAACAACAACAACUGCAGUCUAGCGAGAAACAAGAGUCCAAGGAAAGCUCAUCGAAGAGUCGGGAUAAGAAAAAGAAAAAGAAACGCUCCAAGGAGGAAAAACAGGAGAAACUGGACAAGCACCAACAGCAGCAACAACAACAGUUGCAGCUGCGUCGCGAGUCCAGCUGUGCAACAGCGACAACAUCAGCAACCGGAGCUACUGCUCAGAUUGCCGCCGCCUCCUCCUCCUCAUCAUCGGCGACAUCCUUGACAAUCAAUGUACAGGCAGCGAGCAAACAUGCCGAGGAGCAACUGCUGCUGGCGAAGGAAUCGAAGCGCAGUUCUCCCUUGUGCAAGCCAUCGCCCAGUUUGCCAUGUCUCAUUGAUGAUGAGGAGCCUCCUAUUCCUGUGCCGGUGGCUAAGCCCAGUUCAGGCAACAGUUGCUCCAGCAAUCGACAAUUGACAAGUGAAGCACUCUCUCCAACCCGUGAGAAACCGCGUCUCAUAAGUCCCAUUCCCAAGACCCCAACGAUUAGUCAGAGCAACAGUUCCAUGUUGUCCACGCAAUCGGCUGAGUCACCAGUGAGCAGUGGUGCAGGAGCACCUCCGUUGGUCACCACGCCCACAUCCUCCAUAGUGGCAGCGGCAGCAGAAUCCAAGACAACCACUGAGAAUGCAUCUCCCACAAGCGCUGGCUUGAACAAAAAGAAGGAGAUCUUCAUACCCGGCUUUGAUGGUCAACUGGAUGACAAGAUUAGCGAAUCGGCGGUGCAAUCAAUAUCUGCAGAGUUCAACAACGCUCUGUUGGAUGCUCUGGCGGAUGAGCCAAAGAUACCAGUAGCUUCACCUCCUGGAACCCUCAAGUCGUUGGAUAAACUAGAUGAUAGCAAAUCCCGUGUUACCAUCUCACAGGAGGAGACAGAAAGCGCCGUCUCGGCAUUGUUGGGUGAGAGUUUUGGCACCUCAUCAACGGCGGAUUACUCGCUGGAUGGCAUGGAUGAUAUGACAACAGCGGUCACCGAAGUUGUCGUUGCCGAGCCCGAUGAGGAGGCGGCUCUGGCAGCCAAAGCCAUUGAAUCCGCAGUUGAAGAGGUGGCCAAUGAACCGGAGCCGGAACCAGAGCCAGAGCCCGUUGUUGUCUCUGUUGGAGUUGUUCUGGAUGCGGAGGAGGUUAACAAGGCAGUUCAGAGUUUACGCAACGAGGACAUGGACAUCAAGGCGGAUACACCGCAAUCGGAGCGAGAUCUGCAAAUUGAUACAGACACCGAGGAGAAUCCCGAUGAGGCGGACAGCAGUGGACCAAGUCUAAAGAUUGAUGAAACUGUCGCAUCGGAAAAAUCCUCGCCUGUUGCUGAAAAGUCAACGGACAGCGAUUCCAGUGUCAGACAAGGACAGACGUUACCAACAGAGACGCCAAAGCCAUCGGUGAUCACCAAGUUGCCAGUUGCAGCUGCAACUUCUGUUCCUGCUCCGGCUCCUAUGAAUGUAUCGACAAAUCAACCACUGAAGAUUGAACCACCAACAAUCAGUACAUUGCAACAACCGUUAGUGCAGCCCGUGCAGACAGUGUUGCCAGUGCCUGUGACACCAACAACACCAGCAACUGUUACAGCGGAAACAGGCAGACCGACAACGCCUGUUAUCAAUCUGGAUUUGUCAAAUGUCAUGGCCAAUUGCUCCAACACCACAAGUAACAACAUCAGCGCUGCCUCAUUGUCCUUUGGCAGUCCCACAACAACAACACAAAAGUCCAUGCCACAGGCAUCCACACCCAAACAGACGCCAGCAACACCACAACUACAACAGCAGCAGCAGCAGCAACAACUUCAUCAGUUGCCGCCACAGCGCACACAGUCGCUCAUCAUGCAACCACCUACCAUUUCCAUACCAGAGCAGGCGCCGCACUUUGUGGUGCCACAUCUCAUAUUGUCGCCGCAUCAGCAACAAGGUGGAGGCAACUUUAUGGUUGGCAUGCGUGCGCCUUCGCCUCACAGUCCCUUAUUGUCGCCGGGACGUGGUACGCCCAAUCGUCAGCUCAGUCCGGCAGCAAGGCCGGUGUUGCCACCACAACAACAACAUCAACUGAUGGCUUCACCUACGGGCAACAUGAGUCCGUUGUCAAGUCCCACAGCAAGAGGAGUUGCAAACACAACUUCGCCGACAACAAGCGGGAAACUGCCAACGUCAAACAGUUAUAUGCCACGGGCAGCCUUGCCACAGCAACAGCAGCACCAGCAGCAACAACAACAGCAGCAGCAACAACAACAACAGCAGCAGCAACAACAGCAGCAACAGCUGACUCCCAACAAGCAACAACAGCCUCAUCCUGGGCACAUGUUGCUCACAGAUGCCGCCGGCAAUCAGCAGCUGUUGCAGACAAACAUCAUAGCACGUCACAUGCUGGGGCAACAACAACAGCAACAACAGCAUCUGCUGGUCAAUAUACCACCGCCAAACGCGCAUUCCCCACACUCGCCCAGAAUUCCAGCUGCACAGCAGCCACCGAAUGUUGCAACAUUGCAGCAGCAGCAACAACAACAAACGCUGGUCAUCAAACAGGCAACAACAUCAGCAGCACCAACAGCGCAUACACAAAUACUGCAUGUGGUAAGCUCCAAGGCGUCGGUGUUGCCACCGCAACAACAGCAACAGCUGAGCAAACCAAACUUUGGUUAUGUGCCACCACCGCAACAACAACAUCAGCCACAAGCACAGCAGCUGUACAAACAGCCGGUGCAACAGAAGGGUUCACCACCCGUGCAACUGACACCGCACAGUCUGUUGUUAUCGCAUCCCGGACUGUUGUUGCAACCAAAACCAGCAGCGCAUCUGCAACCGCAACAACAUCAAUUGACACCAUCGCCGCCACCUAGCAAACCCAAUCCUGUGGUGCACAGUCUGCAGGCGGCGGGUCAAAUGCUGCCGGGAAGUGUUGGCAGUCCGCCACCCAUGAAACCAGGACAACAGCCCAAUCCAACUGCAGUUAUGCGCACCGCGAUACCCAACAUUAGUCCGCAGGGACAACCACGUGUCUCGCCGCUGGUCCUGCCACCUGGUAUGCCCGGCGUGCCUCCAUUCGACGCCAGCAUGAAUGAAACGGCUUAUCGUGGAGUGGCUGCCAUGUUCUACCAACAUCACAUGAUGCGCAACAGCGCUGAUUUUGAUGACAAGAUGAUCAGCAACAGUCCACCGCUGGAGCUGCGUCGUCCUGGCAGCGGACCACCACGCACCAUUGCCGUGCCACACAGUCUUCAGAGUCCACAGGAUCGCACUGCAGCGGACUCACCACAAAUGGCUCAGGUGUAUGUGCACAAUGCUCGCAUUCCACACGCUCACUUUAGCGAUAUGGCCACACGUAGUGGCUACUAUGAGAGUGCUGGCAUUCAGUUGGAGCCACCGCCGGCACAUCGAACAGCUGCUUCCAUAAGUGUUGUGGUGCCACCUCCGCCGUCAGUUGCUAGUGGCAGUCCCUACAUUAGCGGCGGUGCGUCGGUAUCCGUUUCGGUGCAACCAGGUCCGCAUAGUCUACAUCCCAGUCAGGCGAAGCUUUUAGAGCGGGAACGUGAGCAACGCGAGCGUGAAAAUGAACGUCUCUCCAUGGCAGCAGCAGUUGCCAAGCAACAACAGGAGCAGCAUAUGUCGGCAUCUGUGAUGCACGGCGGCAUGGAGUUGCCAGCCCAGCAGCAACAAGCACCGCCACCAACAAUGGCACCACCACCAGGAGAUUCUCUGGUCACGUUGUUGCAACGCUAUCCGGUCAUGUGGCAAGGUCUGUUGGCCCUGAAAACCGAUCAGGCUGCGGUGCAAAUGCACUUUGUGCAUGGCAAUCCAGAUGUGGCGCGCGCCUCGUUGCCAAGUCUAGCGGAGAGCACAACGCCCUUGUUGCGCAUUGCACAGCGCAUGCGUCUCGAGCAGACGCAGCUAGAGGGAGUUGCCAAAAAGAUGCAGGUGAAAACGGAGCAUUGCAUGCUACUGGCAUUGCCAUGUGGACGCGAUCAUGCAGAUGUGUUGCAACAUUCGCGUAAUCUACAGACCGGAUUCAUCACCUACUUGCAACAGAAGAUGGCCGCUGGCAUUGUAAACAUUCCCGUGCCGGGCAGCGAACAAGCUGCCUAUGUCGUCCAUAUAUUCCCAGCCUGUGAUUUUGCCAAUGAGAAUCUGGAGCGUGCUGCGCCCGAUCUCAAGAAUCGUGUUGCCGAAUUGGCGCACCUAUUGAUUGUCAUUGCCACCGUCUAACCAGGCGGUGGUUUCUACCAGAUCUACAACAAAUACACACACCACGUCAAACAACAACCAACGGCAAUGAUUAAACAAACCGACAACAACAACUGAAUAACUGAGACAAACAACACAUGUAAAGUAAACAACAAACAAUUGAAUACCAACCAAUAAUUCAACAACUAUCAACUACAACAACAACAAGCAAAACAAGUUACGCUCUUCUAGUAUUUUAAGUAAUUUUAAAUAGCGAUUAAACGAUGACAGAUUGAAAGAAGAAAAAUCAAGUUUAAAGAAACAAAACAAAAGGCAAAAAAAAAACAAACAAGUAAAGAAGAAAAUGCAAACUUUAUUGAAUUAAAUAAAUGCAAGAAAACAAUAAGAUCAUAUUUGAGGCCAAACUCAUACAGUUCAGUAGAUCAAAUGAUUAACUGGCAACAACUAUCACGAUCCAAUGUAAAUUCGUAACUCUAAAUCUAAAUCCAAAACAAAAACGAAAAACCACACUUCUACAGAGACCCCCUCAAACCCUCAAACCUCCCAAGACCCAAAAUAAGAUACAAACUUAUGCAAAACGUAAACAACAAACAACUCAAAUGCAAAAAUAUCUGUCGGCCUUUAUUUUAUUUCUGUAAUACAUAAUAAUUUACCGACUUUUUGAAAGCUUGCAAAGUAUCGUUAAGUUUGAUCUCAAGAAAGUUUUUAUUUUUGCUUAUUUUAAAAUGAAAAUGAAAGAAAAACAAAACAAAACAAAAGGAAUGUGAAAAAAAGCUUAAAAUCCUAACUGUUUACUGUACUACUACUACCAUACAUACAAGCAUACAUACAUACAUAUAUACCUACUAUCCCAAAAAACAAAAAAGAAACACAAAACACGUUUAAGUUUUUGAUUGGUGAAUUACUUCACACACACAACAUACAAAUAUACCCCAGUUACUGCUCGCAUUUUACAAAGUUUCGACGCGCUAUUUAAGUAAUUUAACAAAGUGUUUCAUAUACCCUAGAAAUUCGCUAUUAUUUUCAAUUUGUUCCUCGGCUCUAUGUGGCACGCGGCUGCGAUUCGUGUGUUGCAUAGACCCGAAGAACGCCAUGAGCGCCACCUGUCGCCAACUGCUGUGUUAAGCACAAUUAGGUUUAAAGAUGCGCCCAGAGGCUUUUUUCCUACAAUUACCAUACAAAUACAAUACAUACAUACAAUUAUAUACAUGCAUACGCCUACGUAUAAAUUACAUAUUUAACCUCUAUUUAAUUAUUAUAAACAAAUAUGUUAAGCCAAAUAUUUUUUAAAGUUUAGAUACAAGUUUUCUUAUUUGUUGCUUUAUACUCUUCAGAGCGUGAGUCAAUGACAAUUAAUCUUUAUCUCAAAUGAAAUGAAAUUUUUUGUUGUUGGCUUUUGUGCUAUUUCUUUGUUCACUUUCCACCUGUUUGCUUGAUAUCCAUCAACAGUAAAAACUACAACACCACCACUGCCACAACACUGCGCACGAAAUUAUUUCAAGCAGACGGUGUUUCCAUUGUUAUUAUCAUUUUAAAUUGUUCAGUUUUUGAGCGCAAAACUUUGUAAACUGCUAGGGCAGUAGCCGUAGAGCGUAUAUAUAUAUAUAUAUAUAUAAAUAUAUAUAUAUACAUACACACACACACACAUAUUUUAAGCCUGAUGCUGACUAUAAAAAUUUAACACAAUAUACAGACACCCAAUUCAGAAUACAGUAUAUAUAUAUACACCAAUUAUACAUAUAUAUAAAUGAUAAAAGCAUGAAUUAAUGAAAAGAAAACCCUCUGUACACUCCUUAAACUUAAACGUUUUCACGCCCACUUGUAAAUUAUGUGACGAAACUGUAAAAUAUUUAAAUUAUUUAGCGUCUAAACGAUAAUUCAUGUACAUGUAAAUACAGUUUAAUUAGUGUUUAGCGCGUAUUUAGUUGUAUGUUUUAAAACUAAUCUGUACAUUAUAUAACACGAUAAAGAUACGAGUAUGAGAAAGUUCAGAAGUAAAAUUGCAAGUAAACAUUUUGUCAGUAACACACACAACAAGAACAGAUGAAACGCUAUUGUUUUAAGACAUUUUUAGUUAUUUUUAAGUUAAUUGAUGAAGAACCCGAUAAAAUUACACUUAUUUUUAAGUGAAUUAAUAAACAAAUUCAAUAAACUUUUUCUGUUAAA